AAAGCCUCUUCGAGUUUACUGGCCCAGUCCUGAUCCUAAUCGGCUUCUAUUCAUCUUCUUCGCUAAGAACCCUAAUCAAAUCCUUUCCCUAAUCCUUCUCUCCCUCUCUCUCUCUCCCUAUCACAUACAUAUAUAGAUACAUAUAUCUCCUUUAUUUCUUCUCUCUCUGCAACAUGGACGGAAUUCGGUCUACAUACAAAGACGAGGAGGUUGAUAACUAUUCAUCCAACAACAACGAAAUCAACAACAUUGUCAUCGCCGAUCCGACACCACCCACCACCACCGCUGCCACCGACGGCGCCGCCUUCAUCGCCACCAUCAGCACCACCUCUGCUGGAAUUCGUGAUUUAGAAACCAAACCCUUAAUUGACGUCAAAGAAGAACCUGUUGCCUCCGCCGAGGAUAAAGACCAAAACCCUCCUCGGAAAAAGGAGAAACAGCUUUCCCAUCUACCAAUAAAUGCAGAGCCACCUUCAGCUGCAGAACCCAAAACCAAAUCGAAGAAGAAGACGAAAUCGACAUCACGAAGAGGUAAAAAGAAAUUUAAGCAUAACAAUAAUGACAAUGCCCAAACACAGGAUACUGUGUUGAUCACUCCGAUUCCCCGCUUUCCUGAUAAAAAUGACGAUGCUCCCGAUAUGAAAAUCUGUCUAUCUAAGGUUUCGAAAGCUGAGAAAGUUGAUUUGAGUGAGGAUCGCUUGACUGCUGCCAGCAUCAAAGGCUAUAGAAUGGUUAGAGCCACUAGAGGUGUCGUGGAUGGUGCUUGGUAUUUUGAGAUUAAGGUAGUGAAUUUGGGUGAGACGGGGCAUACUAGACUCGGGUGGUCGACUGAGAAGGGGGACCUGCAGGCACCGGUUGGGUACGAUGGAAAUAGUUAUGGGUAUAGGGAUAUUGAUGGGACUAAGGUACACAAGGCUUUGAGGGAGAAGUAUGGGGAGGAAGGGUAUGUUGAAGGUGAUGUUAUUGGGUUUUACAUUAAUUUACCAGGGGGCAGUUUGUGUGCACCAGAGCAACCCAAUUUGGUUUGGUAUAAAGGGCAGAAGUACUUCUACAUGGAGGAUGGGAAUGAAGAUCCUCCUAAAGUGGUACCGGGAAGUGAAAUAUCUUUCUUCAAAAAUGGGAUAUGCCAAGGGGUUGCUUUUCAAGAUCUCUGUGGUGGUCGAUACUACCCUGCAGCUUCAAUGUAUACACUUCCCAAUCAACCAAAAUGUGUUGUCAAGUUCAACUUUGGCCCUGAUUUUGAAUUCUUUCCAGAAGAUUUUGGCAGCCGCCCCAUACCAAGACCAAUGACUGAAGUUCCUUAUCUUGGCUAUGACGUCAAAGUUGAGAAUGGUAAUCAAUGUGUUUCCAUCAGAAUGUGGCCUAUGGUGAAAGUGGUAAAAGUGCAAGGUAUUCAAAGUUAUGAAAGCUGCUGAUGUGGCCAGUUAAACAAAUGGAAAAUGCUCAGGGUGUAAUGGCUGUAGCAUAGCGGUGGCGGCAAUUGGAAUCGUGAAUUUUUUAAUUCUUUGCAAAACUUUAGGAAAACAUACCGAUACUCAUGAUUUUAUUUUAGAAUCACAUUUAAUGAUGUUCAAAAUUAUUUUCAGUAUUUUUGUUUAGUUUUAAAACAUGAUCCAAUAUAUAUACUAAUUUUUAU